CUAUCAAUGAAACACCUCGAAUUUCUGGUCGUAUGUACCUUCUGGCCAUGAGCUAAAAUGUUGAUUAACAUCGUUGAUCCAUUGUCCGUUUGACAUUUAAAACGCGCCCGCGCUCUGCCAGGAUACUUUGAAGUUUUCAAAGGUCGCGAGGAAGAGUAAUAAUAUUAGCUGUUACAAGGUUAGUCUUUGUUGUUAAAAGACGUUUAAUUGAUCAAAGAAAAUCCGAAAAUGAGUGCCAAUCCGUCAGACAGCGAUAGUUCUGACAGUAGUAAUGAGUUCAUGGUAUCACCGGAUAAAAUAAAAACGUUAUCACCGUUCUUCGCAAAAACUGCGCCUAAAAAGAGAACAGCUAUUAUAAGAAGUGAUAGCUCAGACGAGUCUGAUUUUGAUUAUGGAAAUGAAACCAACAGCAACGGAACUGAUCUGAUGACCCAAGUAUUGAAGAAUCUCGAAGCUGCUAACAAUUUUCAUAUCCUACCACCCAGGGAAAAAAGCUCCAUUGAAACUAAAGAAGACAUUCUUCCACCGAUAAAAAAAAGACUACCCGACAAAAAAGGUGUAACAGAACCAGUAGCACCGAAGCCUGAGAUCAAUAAUGAAAUCGCCGAUCUCUUACUCCAAGGAGAAAGUGGAGUGACUGCGUCAACUUCAAACGAAGAUCAUCAAGCGCCUGAGGAAGAAUCAACGGAGGUUGCUCCUCCAUCUGAUUACAGUAUACCUAAAGAAGGAGUUAAAAUAACACUGGUUGACUCAAGUCUUAUUUUCAAUCAAAAAAAAACUAAGAAACGAGAAACGAUUGAAGAUUUGUUGAAGAAACGAUUGAAUCAAAAGCUGAGAACCAAUCAAGUAUUGCUACAUAAAGUUGGACUUUUAUGCUGGUUGGCACAUGGUUUUUACAUGAAUAAACAAAUUAACAAUCCAAUUUUACUUUCAGCAGCUUUAAAUUUGGCACCAAAGAAUUGUCACCCAAAAGGUCGUGUUGACCUUCUUUAUCUUGAGAAAAUCACAAAGUGGUUUAAGGGUGUGUUUAUUUUUGCAACAGGUAAACCAGAGACCGGUAUCACAACCCUUAAUUUAUUAAGAAGAAUAAAAGAUAAGGAGGUACAUAAUUACCAGGAACUUGUACUCUUGUACAUUGUAACAUUGAGAGCAUUAGGAUUAACUUGUCGCUUAGUUAUAUCUUUGCAACCACCAGCAUUGAAAGUGACAAAGGAUCAACUUAUUGCUCCAGAAUCUAUUAAAAAAGAACCUGCUGUGGCUAAUAAAGAAAAAAAUGAAUCUAAAAAUUCAAAAAGUAAGGUUGUAAAAACAGAAGAAGAGAAAAGUCCUGUUCAAAUAGGAUCUGAAAAGGCCCACAUAUCAGCUAGAUUACGCAAGGCUACUGAGGCUAAGAGAAGAGCUGCAGAGGUUCUGAAAAGGAAGAGAAGUGAGAGAGACAACAGUGCUUCUUCGGAUGACAAUAAACCGCUAGCCAAAAAAUUGGCGUUGAGAUCAAGAACAGUUACUGCUGCUCAACCAGCAGUGGACAAAAAAGGUAAAAAAACUGUAUCCAAGAGCAAAGAUGAGGCAGAAUUUGAUAAAAAACCUGGAAGGAUUUUAAGGUCAAGGACAACAACAGCUCAAAAACAUUUUCCGAAAAAAGAAGAUGAUGACGAUGACUAUAAAAUGGACGAUGAAGACAAGGAUGAAGAUGAAGAUGAAGAUGGAGACAAUAGGCCUAUAAUCAAAACUUUUCUAAGAUCAAAGGAUAAGGCAACUUCUAAAAGAGGCUCACGUUCUAGGGAUGAAGAUGCAGAUUACAAAGAGAAGACAGUAGCUAAAAGACAAGUGAAAUCAGCUCCUAGAAACAGUUCCAAAGUUAGAAAAUUGGUGUCAUCAUCAGAUGAAGAAUUCGAUAUAAAAAAUAGCAAGCCUAAGAAAACAAAAAAUACAAAGGACAUUUGGGUAGAAGUAUAUGUCGAAUCUGAAGAAAAUUGGAUUAGUGUCAGCGUAUCAGAUGGAAAAAUCCAUUGUACUGCUGAAUUAUACAAAAAUGCCACGGAUCCUGUGUUGUAUGUAAUGGCCUGGAACUCUGAAGGGUAUGUCAAGGAUGUAACUCGUCGGUAUUGCCCACACUGGUUAACACUAACUCGCAAACAACGAGUGGAUGAAAAAUGGUGGCUAGAAGCUUAUGCUUCAUUCAAAGAACCAGAAACAGCCCUGACCAAAGCUGAAGAUGAAAUGCUGAAACAAAAGGAAUUGGAACAGCCCCUACCAAAGACGGUAGCAGAGUGUAAGGGUCAUCCCCUCUAUGUACUGCCCAGACACCUCCUCAAAUUUGAGGCUCUUUAUCCUCCGGAUGUUGUACCACUUGGCUAUGUUCGAGGUGAACCAGUAUACUCUCGUCAUUGUGUUCACACUUUACGAUCACGUGAAACUUGGGUUAAAAGUGCUCGAGUAGUAAGACCAGCUGAAAAAUGUUACAAAGUUGUAAAAGCAAGGCCGAAAUACGAUAAGCUUUCAGGUGCAAGGUUGGAGGAUGAAAAUCUGGAAGUGUUUGGGAAAUGGCAAACUGAUGAGUAUGUUCCCCCAGAAGCAAAGGAUGGUAUCGUGCCUCGCAAUGAAUACGGGAAUGUGGACUUAUUCAAAGAUUGUAUGUUGCCAAAAGGAACCGUUCACAUGCGACUUCCAGCACUAAAUCGCGUUGCCAGAAAGUUGAAUAUUGACUGUGCUCCAGCUGUAGUUGGUUUCAAUUUUGGAGGCUGCAGAGCUGUACCUGCUUUUGAAGGAUUCAUCGUCUGUAAAGAAUUUGAGGACGUUUUACGAGAAGCUUGGGAGGUUGAACAAGUAGAGGCAGACAAGCGAGCGAAAGAAAAAUAUGAAAAGAGGGUGUAUGGCAAUUGGAGAAAAUUAAUUAAAGCUGCCCUCAUCAGGGAAAGGCUUACAGCAAAAUACGAUUUUGGUGAAGAGAAAGAAGAAUCGAGUACAUCCAACAAACAAACAAAUAAACAAGCCAAAAAAACUAAAAAUACAAAAAAGGCGAAGGUCAAUCAAAAGAAGUAAGUUGAAAUUUUGAAUGUGUACUCGUUGAUCGGUGUUACACUAUUAAAAUAUUUAGCGACUAUUUCAUUAUAGCAGCUAUUUUUUUCAUUAUUUUUUUCUUUAUGUAAUAUUAACAACUUCCUUGUCAUAUGUGCUUCAAUUUUUUAUAUCGAUGAUAAUAUGGGCAGCAAUAAAUCCCCUAGAUGCCGACCAAAACGGAAUUUCAAGUUGCACGCAAUUUGUUCGAUAAAUUCAUGGGUAUUCAUUCCGAUUUUUGCCUCUCCAAGUGUUGAACAAAUAACAAAUAGAAUUACAUAUUCUUCUAUAGUAUACGUGUAUGUAUAAAUGAUAUUCAGUUAUUACGAUGUACACAAACCUCAGUCAUAAACCGACGUAGUUAGACACUACGCGAUAUGAUUUAGGUUGGCGCAAAAUAUCUCUGAUAAGAGUAAGGUUUGUGUACGUACCUAACACACAUACCUCGAAUAAUGUUUGUGAAAAUGUAAUCAUAGCAAUUUUCAGAUAAUUCAUUUCACAUUUCUACAAUCACAUAAUGACUUCAAACUACUAGGUGAGCAGCUAUAUCUAGAUAUAAUACACUGAACGUUCAAUGAAAGAAUUGAAUUUUGAUACUUUUAUGUUGGAAAUAUUGAUGAAUGGAAGAGUUUCAUUUAUAAGUUUAUUUUAUUUACUGUUAGUAUUUUUAAUAUUAAACUUUGCAACCCAGUAUCACUUUCCUAGAUUUUCCAAAUUUCAAAGCUUGAUAUUACCAGUAAUAAUUACCAGUGAUAAAAAAAGUAUUUGUCCGAAUCAGUCAAGAUUAUAUUUGAACUGUUCAUUAAAUAAAUUUUUUUAAAAAAAAUCCGAUUCUGUCGAUUGAUCUAUCGAGGGUACUUGUGUCAAAAUCUCCAGUAGCACUGCCUGCAGAGAUGUGAUUAUUACGUUUAUUCGAAUAAUUACAGGUACUAUACUAGAAAGGUGGUAGUACCAAUUAUUCCGACCAUAUAAUUAUGUCAACUUCCCUAAAUCGCAUAUCAUGAGUAUCGGUAUACUACAUGUUAGCAAAAUCAUUAUGCAAUGGUUUCCUACAUAUUGCAUACAUAUGUAUGUAUAGUGCAUUUUUAAUGGUUUGAGGUCGUUGAAUUGAAUUAAACUUGUGAAGCCUUACAUAAGUCACUAACAAUGGAUGCAGCUGCGACAUCUACUACCCAAUCAAAAUGCGUGGAGACCAAGUUGACCAGCCCCUCGUUUUCGAUCAUUUGAAUAUAUUUGCCUGCUUUUCCAUUAUGCGUGCCAACGAAUCAUGACUUUGUUAAUUCCCAGCCGAUCAAACAAAUUAAUUCCGUCGAACAGAAAGUUUGUUAUCUCAGACUUAAUUGCACACUAAAUAUCACAGAUCCUCUAAUUGAUAUUCAAUGAUUUAGAUUCAAACCUAUAGCUGAUGAUUACCUGUUCCCACAACUCCAACUUUACUGAAAAAUGUACUCCAUCUGACUUGAAUGCUAGCUAAGAAAGGAUCACAAUUGACCCCAUACAUGAGCAUUGACCGAACAGAAAUGACGGUAAAAUACCGGAUUUGCAUCGCAAAUCAUUUUUAAAAAGAGUUGUUACGCAUAAUUCUGAAGAAGUAUUAAAGUUAUUUAUACUAUGCACAAUUAAUUUUAUAAAUGAUCACGAUGCGGUAUUCGAAUCCCAGAACUCACAAUUGGCUGUGAGAAAAAACGAAUAAUGUGCUAAUCCAUCAUUUGCGUAGUAUCUUAUCAAUACUACGUAAUAUUAUGGUGCACGUAGAAUUGAUUUCUCCACUAAUGUAAUAAUUAGUCAACAAUUUAACGUACUCAACAACUGAUACCGUAUCUGAUGAAAAAAAAAAACUAAAAAAUCUCACCGCUGCUUGAGAGAUUUAACAUUGUCUCUUGUGUCUACCGCACUCAAGGCUAUUCCAAACUGCGCUGCGUAAUAAGUCGCCAUUAUAAUUACCUGGAAAUAUAUGAACGAUUAUUUAGGAGAAUGCAUUUUGUAAAUCAGCAAAGUAGAUAUAUUUUUUCUGUUGCCAAUACCUGAGCAUAUAGUAUGGGACUGUAAAAGCAGUGAAAACCAAGUAAAGCGUCAGAUAUUACAAAGAA